UGGUAAUGAGGAGGGCCAGGAAGCUUGGUGUGUGCAUCGGUGUUCAAAAAAUACCAAACCGUUCCCGUUUUAGCAUUCUACGCAAACAAAGUGUCAUAUAACUGCUUGUCACCAUCCGCCAAACCGCCAGUUACUGUAGACGUAAUAAGACAACUAACACGCCACUUCACCAUGCUAAUAGGCUGACGAAAAUUUGAAAAGUUGUUAUACGAUCCUGAGCUCGCCUCUCGUAACUCCUCCAUCUUUCACUUAUCAUUACUCUAUCUGUUCAUCGUAAAAUCUCCACGUCACCCUCAUCAGCGAUACUCACGUGAUUCGUUGCACGGAAAAGACCUAGACAAAUGCAUGAAAGGAAAAGAAAACGACUGUGCACCACACAAGGGUGAGGACAGAGAUAACUACCAUCCAGGCGUUUUCUCCUUGUCUAUUGGUGUUGUAUAUUAAUUAUUGCUUUAUGAUCCUGAUGACUAUGGGACGAAAAAUUAAUCAUGAAAGGUUUCAAUCCUGAGGAGGUGGAGAUCGUGCACGACGGGAGGGUGUGGGAGCUGGGCGAGAUAGUGGGUCGAGGCGGGUUCAGUUACGUGUACCUGGCUACCUCGUCUGACAGCGAGGAGAGGCUGGCCUGCAAGGUAAUCCGCCACCACUGGUUCUUUUCUCUGGCCUUCGCAAACAACAUGCUGAGGGCUGAGUUGGAGUGUGCUUCGAAGCUUCACCAUGAAAACGUCGUCGACAUUCUGCAGACGUACAGCUUUCCCAAGUACACGCUGCUGCUCAUGCCGCUGUACGAGCUGGGGUCUCUACAGCGAUACCUGUGGUCUUGCGAGGCCAACCUGGAUCUCACGCACGUCAGGUGUAUCUUCAGGCAGGUGACGAACGCGCUGCAGUACGUGCACAUGAAAGGCGUUGCUCACAGAGAUAUCAAAUUCGAAAAUGUCCUUGUGAAGGGUCGCUUUUCAGACACCCACCCGCAUUUCAUCGUCGCUCUUUGUGAUUUCGGUCUGAGCAAGAGGGUCCACGGGCUGACGGGCUCCAUAGCGGGCACCAUGUACAGCAUGGCGCCUGAAGUGAUGGGUGGCGAGUACUACGACCCAUACAAAGCAGACGUGUGGUCCCUUGGCGUUCUUCUAUACAUUCUUCUUCAGAAAAAGCAUCAGUAUUGGAAAAUCAGAUAUAACGACAUCUGGAAUCACAGACAAACGAACUGGAAAGAACUGCAGGUGUCCGGCGAGGUGCGUCACGUACUUACCACGGUACUCAAUAUUUGCGCCGUGUGUCGCCUCUCCGCGAGGGACGUGUGGAGGCUGCGCUGGGUGCAAGAACCUCAUCCAACUAUACCCGACACACAAUAAGUAUUAUCUAGUUUCCACCUCAGACGUACACUCAACCCCGCCUGCGGCUCUUCUCCAACAACGCUGCCCGUAAUAACCUCUGCACACCAGAGCUCGGGUUGCGGUUCCUCCUUUCCUGCUCAUAUUCCUGCUCCCUUUUAAUUCU